CAUCUCGUCAGUUUCGUGCAGUUUCGCAUAGUUUCGCGAAGUGGUUCGUUGAGAGUGGUUGAGAUGGUUGAGAUUUGAGAGAUGGUAGUGUUGUUCGUCGUCCAUUGACGUCACCUCGCAGGGUCGUCCACUCGCGAAAUAUGAGCGCCGGUGAGAGACCUCGUGUUUUCGCGUCAUCGUCUCGUGGCUGCCGCAUCAGCGCACGAUCGUGUGAAUAGGAAGGCGAAGACACGGAGAAGAGGAACAGAAGGCAUAGCGUCGCAGCGCGCCACCACCGCCGCCGUCUUCGUCGUCGUCAGAAGGUAUCACAGCGAUGUCAAAGAAAACCAACUGCAAGAUGCUGGUCCAUCAGGUUUCGGCCGUGCUGCCAGACGACAGGCCGAUAACUGCCAUUAGCGUCGUCGAAGACAUAGAUAAGUGCCCGCCGAAUUUCACAGUGGUAUCGAGGACGUACGACCAAGACACGGACGCUGAUCUCUGGCGGGAGAGCGGACUCUUUAUCAAGAAGAAGGGCAGAUACAUCUGCUUUUCGAAGACUGAGGGCCAGCCUGACUGUGUAGUCGAGGACAUUGUGGUGAUUAACGAGCGCGACGCUCCGCCGAAUGGUUACAGCAUGAUUGCCUACACCGUGGACUCGAGACAGAAGGCGUGGCGAAAGAAACAAGUGUGCUAUAAAAUUAGGAAUAAGGACUCGUGCGCGAAAGCAGUCACAGAUAUCAUAAUAUGCAGCAGGAUAAUUCACAAAGAUUCCAAGUUGGCUCCCAUUGGAUUUUCCGCUGCCGGUAUCAUAAAUGGUGUUCGUGUAUGCUAUAAGACGAUAGAUAUCACUAAUAUCGAUACGAGCUCGGAUUCACAGCCAUACGUUAAUAUAGACUUACUACGAAACGCUUCUCCGAACCCAUCGAACGGGUCCCCUCACAGACCAGCUCCCGAGAGGCCCCCGAAACCAAAGUUUUCACCAAAACCACCGACCAACGGGAUUUACCCGCAGAUCGGCAGCGCGACUAACCGCAACAGUGACGAGUUCGGCGAUCGAGAUUACGAGGUGCUGAGUCCUAGCGCAAGGAUCAGGCCCACAAGGCCCGCGCCUCAGCCGCCCACACCCGUCACUUCGUCGACUAUAGUAUCGACGCCCAUUUACGGCACGCUUCCGGGAUCGUCCGAUCUCGACGGUGUCCCGUUCGUGCUUAAUCCCCGUCUUACGUGUUCCGAUUCCGUCACUAACGGACUUCCCGUUAUCAGAGUUUGGACGCAGAAGGAUUUGGAUAAAGAGUUCCACUACGACUUCCGCGCAGAGAGAGAGACUUGAACGACGACAAUCCCGUGCCAAAAACGACAAACUAGCUCCCCGCGAACUCUCGAGCAAACUCCCUCUCUGCCGUAUCACGUAUCGAUAUAACACUAGCCAAGAAACGUAAAUGGAGUGCCUGAACGAGUGAUUUGUACUAACCUGCGAGAAUGAAUAAUAUCUGCGCGACGCUUAGAAACCUGGAAACUGUGUGCCGUUCAAGAAGAAAUAAGACGAAUGAGAGACCUGCCCGAUACGUACGCGUUUCUUCUUCCACGCCUCACGUUUUACAUUUUGAUACCGAUGACAGCGCUGUCAUAUUUUUAUAGAUUUGUGUUAUCUUUUGAUAGAGAGUAGAGAUUAUAUGUAUAUGUAAAAUAUGUGCAUACACAAUUGUAUGAUAAUAUAAUGACUUCUGCGCACCCUAACGUGGCAUAUCUACGCUUCUGAAUUUAUCAUUGCACGAACGCAUAAUUCUGAAAGUGAUGGAACGUUCUCGCUUAUUAGAUUUACUUUAGCGCUAAACGCGCCGAUCCAAGUCUUGGUGCGUUUCCGAAAGUACGCGCCACUGCAAGCUAUCUAAUUUUAAUUCCUCUUUCGUUUCUCUUCUCCUUAACACCGUAAAUACCAUUAUGAUUAUAUUAUAUGGAAAUUGGAAAAUGUCGAUCAUCAUCUUUUCAUCAAAAUGUUUUCUGUUUAUGUACAAUAAAGUAUUAUUGCAGUAUUUUUUGUUUAUA